ACGGAAGCCUGUUAAGCGAAAGCUUCUUAUAUUCCACCUAAAACCAUUUGACAAUUUGAGCCGCGCAAGUCAGUUUCUUGCGUUUCUUUUCGUGCGUAUUUCGUCUAUACACAACAACCGAUUUUCUUUGUGUUCGCUUUAUUCACUCUCCUGUGUUCCUACUUAGUUGACCGAUCGAUUAGCACUUUUGGAGGAUAUCAAAAAUUCAUGUAAAUAAAUGAGAGCUAGCGCUAAUGCUUAUACUACCGCACCAUCUAAUCCACCAUCUAUUCGUCAUGAACCAAACUCCAGUGUCUUCAGAAACUCUAUAGAACAUUCACAGAACCUUACUUCUAGCAACAGCGUAGUUAACCCUGUUUCAUCAUUAUCAAAAGAUGGACCUAGUAAUGAGACAGGACCUAUGGAAUCAUAUGAUAGUCUUAACUUGCAAAACCGUCUGGAAAAUUUGAAACAUUGGAGUGUAACAACAUUCAAAUGUACAAAACAAAUGAUUGAAGAAAAACUGGGAACAGCAAGUGUAACUUGUGAUCAAGAAUUAGAGAAUCGGAUUUCAAUGUUUAGAAAUAUGCAUCAACAGUAUAAACUAUUGCAUAACCUCGCUGAAAAGUUAGCUAAUAGUUUUCGUGAAACUAUUCAUCACCAACGUGCAUUUACGAGUCAUAUGACUACUUUAAUUGUCCAGCAACCUGAUUUAAGCAGUGAAUUCACUUAUAAUACAGAAACCCAACGUAUCGUUAUAUCAAAUGGAGAAAAAUUAUUGGCAUCAUUAAACCAUUUUGUUGAUACUUUGAACACACUGAUUAGUCAUGCAUUUACAGAUACAUGGACUACUGUUUCUAGUAUGCAAUCGGCUCGUAUACAAUAUGAUGCUUAUCGUAAUGAAAUGAAUCAAACAAAAAGUAGAAAACCUAAUGUUAAUAAUAAUUCUGAUACUGUCACACCCACUACUACAACUAGGAUCACAAUGUCAGGAAAUUCAUUUGCCACUGACUCGACUCACGAUAGUCAUAAUUUACAAUCACGAUUAGAUGCAGCGUGUGAACGGUAUUCCCAGUUGAGAAAAGCUGUUCUAUGUAAAUUGGAAUUUCUACAAGAAAACAGAUUGCGUGUUAUGCGACAUCAAUUAGUACUUUUACAGAAUGCAACAUCAGCAUUCUUCUCUGGAAAUAAUCAACAAUUGGAUCAAAUUCUAAACGAGUAUAAAAUCAAAUUGCCAAACGCAGAAAAUGGAGUUAGCCAUUAACUAGUUCUCUCUUUUUCUAUUUGUUACUGUUUCACUUGCAUUUCUUUUAUUAUAAUAUGUAAUAAACACAUGUGAUUAAUAGUUUUGCCAUAUGUGUGCUGUGAGCCCAUUGAGUGAUAUUCGUUCUUUUGACAGAUCAUUUUCAACCCAUAUGUAUUUACACACAAGUGCAAAAUUCGUGACUUCGGUGAUACUAAUUAUGGACAUUUACAGUGCUUUGGGUUUCGAACUUUUUAAAUAUUCUUACUGUUUUUUUUACUUGAUAAUGUGUUAUUACGUUUGUAUUUACUGUUUAUGAAGUUGUCGCAUAUCUUCAAAAUCUAUACUUACAUUUACGUAGUAAAUGUUUGUCAUUUUUGUACAACUGCUAACCGGGAAUGGCCGUCAGUAAUUCUUAUUUUCAUGCCAUAGAAUUCGAGCUACAUUUCCCAAGGGUUAAUAAUGCUACAUGGGUGUCCAGAUUGAAUUAGGUGUAGCUGAUCUCGAAUCUUGGUUGCUGUAACUUAGUAACAACUCGAAUCAAAUGCAACUCAGGAGUCCCGACUGCAUUGUGUGACGCGAAGUACAAUCAUAUUGAAAAGAGUGUGACAGCUGAGGAUCCAUACCAAACUCUUUGAAAAUGAUUAAUCUAAUCGUAUCUGUGGUCUGAUUUCACUGUGCACUAUAGUGUGCUUUGAAAUAUCUGUGUAUACUCUUAGGCUUUGAAUAGUCAUGGGAUAUGUUCAAGAGUCACUAAAGAUCAAAGUGCACUGGACGGCUGUCCCGUCUCUACACGUAAACGAACCAAGGACAUUGGGUAUUAUACCUCUGGGUCAUCCGGCGGUCACCAUUUUCAGCCGAGUUAUUAUAUAAUAUGACGCAGAUAUCCUUCAAAAUGGCAAACCACCACCAAACAGUCGUACGAUCAGCAACGACUGACUUCCCAAUGUAUUUUAGUAAACUCUUAUGUUACGUAACCGGUGAAAUUUAACCAUGUCAGCAUACAUUUUACAUUGAUGGGAGUGAACAACGAGCAUAAUUUGCCUACUAUCUGGAUUAUAAUUGCUUGCAUACUUCUUACUGAUCAU